AUCGUCUGCCAAAGGCAGUGUGCAGUGGAAACACAGUGAUGGGACACUUGUCAUUCAGUUCUCUGGGCAAGUUCACCAUCUUGUGGGUCAAAGAACCGAAGAGGUGGUUCUAAACUUCGCCAAGAAUCCUCAAUUACAAGGUGAUUGUGUGAGAAGAACAACUGAGUAAAAACCCUGAACUGGGAGUUGGUGAAGAUGUGACAAGAGGACCCUCCAUGGCAUUGUCUGCAUUUGAUAGGCUGCGUGUUCUUCCUAGCACCUCACCUAAAGUGUGCACCCAGGUGGUUGCCAGAUUGAAUUCAUCUCAAAACAGGACGUAGAUGCCCAGUGAGACCAUGAACCUGCCCAGCCCAGGGCCUGGAACACAAACCAUCUUCUGACCCCCAGUGACACUUCUCUUCUAUGCAGCAAGAACUGUAGGUACCGAUGGAUGUGGCCGAGAGCCCUGAACGGGACCCUCGCUCUCCAGAGGACGAAGAAGAGGAGCAGCAGGGGCUCUCGGACGAUGACAUUCUGAGGGAGAGUGGGUCUGAUCAGGAUUUAGACGGAGCUGGGGGGAGGGCUUCUGAUUUGGAGGAUGAAGACAAUGCCGCCCCGGGACUGAGCCAGGAGGAGGAGGAGAGUCACUCUGACGAGGAGGACCAGGACCAGGAGUCCGAGGCUCAGGAUCUGAGCAGGGGCCCCACGAGCCCCCCGCAUGUGGAGGAGGGGGACGGAGGGGAGGAAGAGCACACAAGCGACCUGAGGGACGAAGCCUCGUCAGUCACCAGGGACCUGGAUGAGCAUGAGUUAGACUAUGAUGAGGAGGUCCCUGAGGAGCCGGCCCCCGCUGGGCAGGAGGACGAGGCUGAGAAGGCUGGCGCCGAGGAUGAUGAGGAGAAGGGAGAAGGAGCUCCUGGGGACGAGGGGGCUACAGGCGUUCACAGUGUGGAAGACAAGGAGCCCCUGGAGACCGCCAAGGAGAAAAACAAGGAGGAUGAUGAUGGGGAGCUCGACGAUGGGGAGCUGGACGAUGAUGAUCUGGAGGAGGGCGAAGUAAAGGACCCCAGUGACAGGAAGGUGAGGCCUCGUCCCACCUGCCGAUUCUUCAUGAAAGAUGUGACAGCCUUAUCCACUCCUCUUCCACCAAUAUCACAUUCCAUACCAUUCAGAGGCCAGGUUCAAGGGAACUGCACGUGGGGAAUGAACUGUAGGUUUAUACAUCCUGGAGUCAACGACAAGGGCAACUAUUCCUUAAUCACCAAAGCCGAACCUUUCCCGCCUAAUGGUGCCCCGCCUCUUGGACCUCACCCACUGAUGCCUGCCAACCCAUGGGGUGGGCCAGUAGUUGAUGAAAUUUUGCCUCCACCCCCUCCAGAGCCCCCCACAGAGAGUGCCUGGGAACGAGGACUCCGGCACGCGAAGGAGGUUUUAAAAAAAGCAACCAUUCGAAAAGAACAGGAGCCUGAUUUUGAAGAGAAAAGGUUUACGGUGACCAUUGGUGAAGAUGAACGGGAGUUUGACAAGGAGAAUGAAGUUUUCCGAGAUUGGAAUUACCGUAUCACCAGAGAUGUCCGAGACACAGUACUAGAGCCUUAUGCAGACCCGUAUUACGACUAUGAAAUCGAGCGUUUCUGGCGUGGCGGGCAGUACGAGAACUUCCGGGUGCAGUAUACGGAGACGGAGCCGUACCAUAAUUACCGGGACCGGGAGCGCGAGCGGGAGCGGGAGAACCGACAGCGGGAGCGCGAGCGGGAGCGGGAGCGGGACCGAGAGCGGGAGCGCCGGCAGCGGGAGCGUGAGCGGGAACGCGAGCGGGAGCGUGACAAGGAGCGGCAGCGGAGGAAAGAGGAGUGGGAGAGAGAGCGAGCCAAGCGGGAUGAGAAGGACCGACAGCACAGAGACCGCGACCGGGAGAAGGAGCGCGAGAAGGAGAAAGAGAAGCCGAAGCCCCGUUCCCCGCAGCCGCCAAGCCGUCAAGCUGAGCCACCAAAGAAGGAGGCUGCCGCUGCAGGGCCGCAGGUGAAGCGAGCAGACGAGUGGAAGGACCCUUGGCGCCGGUCCAAGUCUCCCAAGAAGAAACUCGGGGUGUCUGUCUCCCCUAGCCGGGCACGAAGGCGUCGGAAAACAUCAGCCUCAUCGGCCUCUGCCUCCAAUUCCUCCAGGUCAUCGUCUCGGUCGUCCUCAUACUCCGGCUCCGGGUCCUCCCGCUCCCGCUCCCGCUCCUCCUCCUACAGCUCCUACUCCAGCCGGUCCUCCAGACACAGCUCGUUCUCAGGCAGCCGGUCCAGGUCCCGGUCCUUUUCCUCGUCCCCCUCCCCGUCUCCAACGCCUUCCCCGCACAGACCUUCUGUUAGAACCAAGGGGGAGCCGGCUCUGCCUCCUGGGAAAGCAGGAGAGAAGUCCGUGAAGAAGCCAGUCCCACCUCCAGCCCCACCACAGGCCCCCAAAACCACUGCUCCAGCCCCCGAGCCCGCCAAGCCAGGAGACCCUCGGGAAGCCCGGAGGAGGGAGCGGCAAGCUAGGACCCCCCCCAGGAGGCGGACCAUCAGCGGCAGCGGCAGCGGCAGCAGCUACAGCGGCUCCAGCUCCAGAUCCAGGUCCCUGAGCGUGAGCAGCGUCUCCUCGGUGUCCAGCGCCACGUCGAGUAGUAGCUCGGUGCACAGCGUGGACUCGGACGACAUGUACGCAGACCUGGCCAGCCCCGUGUCCUCAGCAAGUUCGCGGUCCCCCACCCCAGCCCAGACCAAGAAGGAGAAAGGAAAGUCUAAAAAAGAAGAUGGGGUUAAAGAAGACAAGCGGAAAAGGGACUCGUCCGCACAGCUGCCCAAGUCCUCCAAGCCUUCUGCCGGCAGUAAACCCCAGCAGCCCAUGGCCCCCCAGCAGGGGCCCCCCGGGCAGCCCCAGCAGGGCACGUUUGUCGCCCAUAAGGAGAUCAAGCUGACGCUCUUGAACAAGGCGGCCGAUAAAGGAAGCCGGAAGCGCUAUGAACCCUCGGACAAAGACAGGCAAAGUCCUCCUCCGGCCAAGCGGGCUAACUUAUCCCCGGACCGAGGUUCUCGGGACCGGAAGUCCGGCGGGAGACUCGGCUCCCCGAAGCCAGAGCGGCAGAGAGGCCAGAAUUCCAAGGUGCCCGUGGCCCCGCCGGACAGGAAGCGCCAGUUGUCCCCCCAGUCCAAGAGCUCCAGUAAGAUCACCAGUGUGCCCGGCAAAGCCUCGGACGCCAGCCCCGCCAGCGCUGUGUCCGGCAGCACCAAAUCCGGGAAGGCCAGCACGCUGUCGCGGCGCGAGGAGCUCCUGAAGCAGCUCAAGGCCGUGGAGGACGCCAUCGCGCGCAAGCGGGCCAAGAUCCCCGGGAAGGUGUAGGGGCCCCGCGGGCCCGGCCCCCGCCGCAGUGAGAGACUCUCGUGUUUUUAUAACUAGUGUGAGCACAGCCGUCUUGGAUUUUGAAGUUAACGUCUCAUUUUGGCUGUGCAUCUUUUUAAAAAUUAAAAAAGAAAGCAAAGUUUCUCAGCUGGAAAAGAAGCCACACACGGUGAAGAUGACGCUGAAUCCCAGUCUUCUCCCUCCCAGACCAGACUGAACCAGCCCCAUCCCAGAGCAGAAGUCCCGCCAGGCGGGCCGGCGGGCCGGCGGCAGGCGGCAGGAGCGAGGACGCAGCACCGGUUUUAUGUAAAUGAUCAGUCCCGGCGCCCAGCUCCGCCUGCCCGCCUGCCCUGCCCGCUGCCAGCCAGCCUGCCCUGCGUCCUGUCCUCCGCACGCGCUCCUUCCCGGCCCGGGGGCGCCCCGUGCUCCUGAGCAGCCUGCUCCCCGUCCCCGCCUGGCCCCAGGGUCAAAAAAUAGAUCUAUAUUCUUGACUGAAGUCCGAUUGGGAAAUAUUUCCUGUCUUUUAUUUUAAGCAUCAGAUUGUUUUAGUUGAUUUAAAAAGGAAAAAAAAAAAUACAGAAAAGACCAAAAAAAAAGGCUGAGGGUGUUGUUGGGCGUCUGUGUAAUGUGGAGGGUCUUUUUUUGAGGGGUCUCCUAAAAUAAAGUAUUUUGAUAAGCA